CCACCUGCUGUAUGGUCUUUUGUCACGUGUUUCUUGCAUGAAUUUAAAGAUGGCAGCGAAUUUUAUAAUCUUUUGUUGUAUUUUGCUUGCAUAAUGUCUGCAAAUUUCGUGAAGGCGUUUCUGAUUUUACCGUUAUUUAUGUGGUGCUGUAAGGGCAUAUCAUCAAUUCAAGCACUAAAUGGAGUC